AUGGCGGCGCAUGUUACCAGAGCUGUGAGACGACUUUUGCCUCAGGAGAGCGGUUGGCUCCUGCCCGCAGCCUGGCACUCAUAUACCGGGGGAUGGCGUCAUCACCAUCACUCUGCAGGCACCUCGCUGCGCUACAUACCCCGCAGGGCAGUUCUCUACUGCCCUGGCAAUGAUGAGCGAAAAUUGAGGAAACUAGCUUCGCUGCAUGUCGACUGUGCUGUCUUGGACUGUGAGGAUGGUGUAGCCCUCAGCAAAAAGACAGAGGCCAGGGAGACCAUUCCCAGGAUGCUAGCGGAACUGGACCUGGGCAGGACAGAGAAGUGUGUGAGGGUGAACUCAGUGUCCAGUGGCUUAGCUGAAGCUGACCUGCAAGUCAUCCUGAAGGCUGAGGUUCUCCCUCCUGCCAUAAUGUUGCCCAAAGUGGAGGACGCACAGGAGGUGCAAUGGUUUGUUGACAGGUUUCAGCACAACUUGAAAGGACGGGCACUGACAGAACCCAUUCGCCUGGUCACCUUUGUGGAAACUGCUGUGGGCCUGCUUAAUUUUAAGGUGGUCUGUGAGGAGAUCCGUCGCCUUGCACCCAAGGCUGGUCUUCAUCAUGACGGCGUGGUGUUUGGCUCAGAUGACUUCUGUGCUAGCAUAGGUGCCACACGGACUAAGGAUGCUAGAGAGCUCCUUUACGCAAGGCAGAAGGUGGUUGUGACCACCAAGGCAUUCGGGCUACAGGCUAUCGACCUGGUCCACAUCGACUACAAAGAUUUGGAGGGGCUGAGGCAACAGGCUCAAGAGGGAGCUCUCAUGGGAUUCACAGGUAAGCAGGUUAUCCAUCCAGGGCAGGUCCCGGUUGUGCAGGAAGAAUUCUCCCCCAGUCAGCAGAGGGUCCAGUGGGCAAAAGAGCUCAUUGCUGCUUUUGACCAACAUCAAAAAGAGGGAAAGGGUGCGUUCACCUUCCGUGGCAGCAUGAUUGACAUGCCCUCGCUGAAGCAGGCGCAGAACAUCCUAACGCUCUCUGCCACCAUGCCAGAGAAGUAACACGUCGGGAAAAAAACGGGAGGAACCGCACACCUACACCUUGACAGGAAAGGUCGAAGGAUACUGGAAAUGUUGCAGGUGUCAUGACAGAAACAGCACAUCAGAAACUUUUGUCACGUUUCCCGACAUAAGAGGACAGUGGGGAAUUCUGGUGUUUAAUUUAAGUCUUGAAAUGUUUUGUUGAUCAACUUAAUUGGGUGAAGUUUCACUUUUGUUACUGUUGUCUAAUUUAUAUUUGGACUAUCACCUGUCAUGCAUUGAACGAUGUAAAUUCUGCACAUAGCGUGUAGCAACUGCAGAUAUCUGCUUCUUGAAACUGGGACUGUUGAGGAUUAUUGCCCUGUGUGGGAGCUUUCUUGGCACACUUUGCAGUGUGUGCUCCAUCAUGUCGUUCUCAUGUGCCCAUGCCCUCCCUUCUCUCCUAGGUCAUGAUGAAUGCUCUCCCAUCUCCACAGUCCAGACAGCUGGGCAAAAGGGUAAACAAACACAACAAGCCACUGUUGUGGAUCUAUUCAUCGGGCCCCAGUCUUCCAGUCAGGCCUCAGCCCCCUACCCAGAGCCUGACUCACAGACAUCCAACUUCUGCUCACUAGAAAAAACACACACACACACACACACACGCCCACACACACAGAUGGAAGAGCGUAAACUCACGAUUUAGCUUUUUUUUUGUGUCAGUCUCCUUAGUAAAGACAUGAAUCUCACUCUUUGGCAGUUGUGAUCCUGUGGUCUUGAUGAGGGAAGGCGUGUGGCGCCAACCACAUGAUGAUCUGCAUGGAAACAUAAAUGCAUGCUGCAGGUAUUUGUUUUUAUCAGACCUCUCAUUUCACACUAACAGUUUAAUUUAAUUUUCAGUACACCUGCUAUAUAUAUGAGCACCUCCAAAAAGACCAAUGUCAUCAUAAUCUCCAGUUGUAAAUGGUCACAUUUAUAAAAUGUCUCUUAAACGAGUUUAGUAAAGUAGUUUUCUGCGCUGUCACAAAUGAAUGUACAAAUGGGGUGCACGUCUGACUUCCAGAGACAGUGGAGUGGGUGUGAUGUUAGAGUGAGACAGAUUAGUGGCCAUGUUGCUCCAGCAGACCAGGACCGAGGCUUUGUCUCUCUGACUGUGGAUGGGAGGAUAAUUGGGGGGGUGUUGAAUGGUUAAUAGUGCCAUUGGUGACCAUGGUAAUGAAAAGCACCAUACCUCCCCUACCCCACCUCAUGCACUCAUCUCUCUCUCCCUCUCUCCCUCUCUCCCUCUCUCUCUCUCUCUCGUACUGUAUGAUCUAUUGUGUCUGGGGCAGGACUGUGGUCUGUGCCAGGCCAGGCCAGACAAAAAGAUCGAAAGCACUCCUGCGCCCAGCCAAAGAACCCUAACAGUGAGCUGUCUCUUUGGCAUUUGGCCACAUAUUUCCCUCACCCCUGGUUCACUUUUUCUGUCGUGUAUUCACAUUCAGCUUGUUUGUUUGUUUUCACCCAAACUACUAUUAUACCCCGAGGCUGGUGGGCACAACUGCUAUUAUGUCUGACUUUGAUUAAAUAAAUCCACACACAAUAUUCUGAUAGACAUUUCCUGGUGCCAUGAGGUCUUCAAUAAAUGCUGGAAAAGCUAUACUUUGAACUUGGAUGACUUAAACAAUAUAUUAUGUGAAGGAGAUCUUUCUUUCACUCAUCAAUCACAGAAUUUUAGGUUGUAAGUAGCUGGUACUGACAUAGAACGUAAUGCAUCCUGUUUUUUGUUUUUUUGUUUUUUUGGGUCAUGAAAUCAGGCUAUAAAUACUUUAUUUUGACUUUUUAAACUUUCUUUAAUUUAUCAUUUGUCGCAGCAAAAUCGUGUUGGAAUACAAUCCGAAAUAAAUGCAGGACAAGUUGCUGAAUGAAAACACUAAUUCAUUAAUAAGUUGAACUGCAGUCAAAGUUCCCUUUUAAUUGUUAAAGGAAUUCAUUUCUAAAUAAAAGAUUUAAU